GCCUCUUCUCCUAUACUCCAUGAUCCAUCCAUUGCUUUUUUUUUUUUUUAAUAAACAUCCAUCCAUUGCUUAAACCAUCUGAAAUCCGCUAAACAAUAGCAGGAAAUUAAAGCAGAAAUUACAAAUAUGGCAGAAAUUGAAUCCGUUGAUCAAAAUCAGAAGAAUGAUAAAGAUGAAGAUGUGCUCAAAUUCAUGGAUUCCAUCAAUUCUUACAUCCUCUUACUCGAUUCUCUCUCCUCCACACUUCGUCAGGGAUGGUUUGAUUUUUCUAGUGCUCGCUAUUCCAUGGGAACCUCACGCGUCAAUAGUGUGUUAUUAGAUCUUAAAGAGCAUUCAGCUGCUACCCAUUUGGAAGUAGCCAAAGGUGAUGAACCACAUUUCACUCUUUGCAAGUGGGUAUCCGAUGAUGCUACAGAUCCGAAGAAAAUGAAAGACACAUCUCAAUCAACUGUUGAGGAGGAUAGCUCGCCAAGUGGAUCCUUAAUUAGUGUUGACAAUCAAGUACGAAAGGAAAGAUCAAAGUCACUUGCUGUUUUCGGCGCAUUUGUUUCUCCCAAGUUGGGAGCUGCUCAACUUUCAUUUGAGACAGCCUUGGAAAAACUGGUAGAGAUAGCAAACGUACGGGCAUCAAUGCUACAUGCUUUUGAGCAAGUACAAGAACACAUAGAUGGCGUUGAGGAUUAGUGAAAGUCCUCUGGUUUGAACGAUGUUUUCAUAUGAUUGGUCAUUUUCAGUAGUGUUUUAUGAUCUUGUACAUCUUAUUCCAUUUACAUAAGUUCUAGCCUUCUAUAAACAGCCAUUUUUCUUGACAGUUAUCUUACAAUUUUUGUGGAUGUUCAAAGUCUCAUGACUCUCAACUUAUGAAAUUAGCAAAACUUAAGCAAAGAAUGUUCAUCAGGGAACUUUUUACCUUUGGAAUUAGUAAUUUCUUAGCUCAUGAGUCAUGACCAAACUAUAUGUUUGACUUCAUUUUCAAAUCCUGACUUUUUUUAGAACCAUUUCCAGGCGUUCAAGUCCUCAGCUCCUCAUAAUAUUUUGCUGCCUCUGCCAAUGAAUUCCUGUUGUUUAUUUGGAAAAACUCAGAUUAUUUUGCUGCCUCUUUUCUUUUUUUUCUGCUUAUUUAAUCACCUAUGACUUAUGUUGGUUUGAGCUUAGAAAGAAAUCAAUGCCUUAAAUUAAGGCCGUCAUUGAUUUGUGUGAACCCUUUACUUCUGUUAGCCCGUUACGACGUGCAUGCAUGAUUUAUUCUUCCUGAAUUCUUGGUUGUUAAGUAGUGAGUCCAGGAAAAAAAUCAUUUACAGGAGCCCAUUUCAAUAACUUGGUGGGUAUCAUCUGUUAAAAUUUGUUAGUUUUAGUGACUUUUAGCAACAUAAGGCAUUGAGGGAAAUCUCUGAAAAUUGGUGUUUCAUUGAUCCAAGUCUUCUGAUUGUUGGGCUGCCUCCUAAUAAAAUCUGUAUUUUCUUUUCUAGGUUUGUUCACUCUUGGAGGAACUGCUAGAUUCGUGACAGUUUAAUGCGUCAUGUUACCAUCAAAAGGUUCAGAUUGACUCAAGCAUCACGCACAGCUCGGAAGGGUGAGUGAUGUUGAGUUGAAUCAGUUUCCGUCACUGUGUGGGACUGGUUUGUGGUGUUGUCACCUUGUUACCAAAAAGAUCAUAACUGUUGUUUCUCUCAUAAUAUGAUUGCCAGCAACAUUAGUGACCAUUUUCAGAGUUUGUAGCCAUGUCUUGUUUACCAUUAGUGCAGAAUAAUUAAUUCCUUCGAUACUAAAUAAAUAGGCUAGGCCAUGUCUUGUUUACAAGAAACCUUGCUAUUUCCACAACGAUUAUUUUUACCAAAUGUAAUAUUUGUGUAGAUUUUAUGAAGUUUAAAUUUUAACUUUCUUAAUGGCUA